GUCACCAUUACGCUUUGGCGUCCUUUGUUCGUGCUCCCCAUUAAUCCAAGUAUUUGACGGGCUAAAUGCGUGAAAAACUCGGUGAUUUUUGCUCGAACGUUCAAGUGAAGUGUUGUUGUGAAUUGUGGUGAUCGAAUAUUCAGUGCCCCCCACCCAGAAACAUACGUGUUCCUGUUGCAUCAGCAUGAUAAUUCAGUCCCUCUUGAACCCCCUGCUGAGUGCACUGCGUGGGAUUUUUCUCUAAUAAUUCUAGGAGCAGUCGUACGACAAUUCGCAGCUUUGCGUAGUUCUGCGACUACUCCUAAAAUAUUACCCACCUGUUCAACAUUCUGCCUAACUUCAUUCUUGUGACGUAAUUAGCCAUAGUCUGAUCAACCUGAAAUCUAAAUCAUUAAAUUGAGGCAUAAAAUUGUGUAGAAUGCCAGUGCAUCUAAUUUUCAAAAAUUCCAACGCUCCCAGCACACGCCCCUGUUGUCCUAACCUCCCUGACCGUUCGUUCCGAGUGUGCCUGAAUCCCCCCGAUCGCGAUUUGUUUUUACCCAUCGUGCAUUGUGACCAGUGACUGGUGCUAAGAUGGCUGACAACAAGGAGGAGAUUUCGGAGCUCGUCAAUAAACGAGGUAAGUUCCUAGUCUCUAUCAACCACCAGUUCGAUCGCAUAUCGAUCACUCCAACUGUAAUGGGUGAGUAUCUCAGUGACUCAACCAAUAUUGAAGCCAAUCAUGCGGUAUUUAUAACCGGAGCCGCUCCAGAGGAAACCAACGAAAGGUCCAACUCUGCAUACAAUCGCCACUCUCUCACGAAGGAGCAAACGAUGCAUUGGUUUGCCAAUGUUGGUGGUGACGAGGACUCGCUGAAUUGGUCAGAUUCCAAGCGUCGCAGUCUCUACGACGAAGACUCCCUAGAUGGUGAUCAUCCCAAUGAUAAACAAGGACGAGAGUCAGCGGGAAGUGCCAAGGACCUAGACAGGGUGAAGUUAGUGAGGGAGAGGCAGAAUGAAGAGAGGCAGAGGAAACUCGAGGAGCUCAGGAAUCAGGCACUUGCUGCGCAGAGGUUCAGGGAGCAGAGGGAGGAGGAACGGAGGAGGCGCAUUGAUGAGCUGAGGUCGAGAGACAUGGAUAGAAGGACCCAAGUGGAAGAGCGAAAGCGUCUCAUAUACGAGGCAGAACGAGAGAGAAGAGAGGCUAUCCUCCGUAAGAAUCAGGAACGCGAGGCGCGUAUAGAAGCCAAGAAGAAGAACGAGAGAUCGCAUAUUGUCUUUGCAUUCGGUAGUUCAACUCCACGUAUGCUGGAGCCAGCGGACACCGGUGGUUCAUCAUUCUGGGGCACCAGGCGGGCAACAUCGACGACCAAUGUCAUGAUGUUUCCAGCUGCUCAGCCCCUCACCAGGCGAUCCUCCGAGCGAGAGCUGGACGGCAGCAAGAAACGGGCCACCUCGGCCGGUGGCCUUGAUCGCAAACCCGGCGAAGAUAUGAGAAUGUCCUCGUCAAUGUACGAGGUAUUCAAUUGGAAUUCUAGUCCCGAUCCUUCUUUAACCCAUGCAAAAAAUAAAAGGGCCAGCCUAUCGCUGCCACCCACAACUGACAUCUUUGACAUCGAUGAUAAAUCGGAUUGUGAUACUAGGCGUCCUUACGUGCAACGUCCGGCCACCGGUGAUGAUAAUGAUGGAACACCGGGUACCCCAAGCUCAGUAUAUCUCCGUGUUAAUCGUCGAAGAACCGAUCUGAUGCCGACGAUACCAUCGCCACGCGAUGGCCCCUUAUCAUCGCGUAGCUCAAGCGCUAAGGCAUUCACACGUUCACCAGGUAGGACUUACUCAAUGUCGAGACUGGAUCAGCUUUCACAGCCGCGAAAGCCACGCAUUAAUGAGCUGAGCACUCUUAAUGAGCAACAGCAGCAUCAGAAUGGGGGACAGAAUUUGGGCGCAAGUAGCAUGAGUCGAAGCAUGUCGCAUUUGGCUGCGCCCGGUUCAAAAACCCUCAAAAGAACCGAUAAUUCGCGUAGCAUGGGCACACUACCGGGUGCUGUACCAUUACUUAGGCCCACUAGGGCUGAAAAAUUGAGGAGAAAGGCCAGGGAACAGAUCAAUCAGCAUCAGCAAGGUGUACGUAGUGGUGAGGUGACACCGAACAGUCCAUCAAGACCCCACAGCUCCAUGAGUCAACAGAGUGGCAGCAGUGUGGCCAGCAGUAACGUCAAUCUGCGUCCACGAACAUCGACACCGCGACGUCCGCGACCAGCUUCUAUUGCCGGAACUGGUGUUACAGUCACAGAGAGAAACAACCUGGGCGAAGUAAAGGCUGCGACAAAGGACUCGAAGCCCCCCCUGCCAAAGGUUCACACGACUCCAAAGAAACCCUCAACACCGCGAACAAGCGCCGAGACCCCGAGGAAGCCGGGUGACAGAUUGAUAAAGAGUGCAAAAGCCUCACCCCGUGUCACCCCCAAAGCAACACCUCUCCAGAGUCCGGGUAGCGAGCAACCGCCCCUGAUACGUCAGAACACGACUGAGAUAAUAAAGAACUACAGCAAGGAAGUAGGGGAAAUUAAAGUUGAGGAGGAGGUUGAGGAGAAGAGGGAUCAGGGAAGUGAGAAAUGUCAGGACACAGCUGAGACAAAUAAUUCCACUGUCGAGAGUGUCACUUCGGUGGAGGCAAUUACAGUGGCCGAGUCCACUCAGGACGUAACUUCAGCUCCAGCCAAGGAGGAAAUUGAAGAUAAAAAAUCGUCUCCAGAAGCUGAGCAGAAGACCGAGAGUGAUGCUGAGGAGAUAGUUGAUAUGUCUGCUUCGAUGAUUGCUAAGAUCAGAAUUACCACUGAGGAGGAGGCCAAGGCGGCCCUGGCAGAGCGCAGAAGGCUUGCACGUGAACAGGCAGAGAAGGAGGCGGAAAUCGAACGACAGCGCUUGGAGGAAGAGGAACGCCUCGAGAUGGAGAGACAGCGCGCCGAGGAAGAGGAGCAGCGUCGCUUGGAGGAGGAAACCCUUCGUUUGGCCAGUGAGGCUCGCGAAGCGGAGGAGCAGAGGCUUCAGCUGGCAAUCGAGGAUGCCAAACGUCGCGAGGAGGAGGAUCGAAAGAGGCGCGAGGAGGAGGCACGACAGAAACUCGAGAAAGAGGAAGCCGAGCGCAAAGCCAGGGAGGAAGCUGAGAAACAACGGCUCGAGAUGGUUGAGCGACUGAAAAAGGAGGAGGAGGAGCGCAUUGCCAGACGUAAACGAGUAGAGGCUAUUAUGAAGCGCACUCGGGGUGGAAAUAAUCAGGCUAAUACGACAACAAAGGGUGAUAACGGUGACGGUGAUAAAUCAAAAGACGAGAGUCCCAGUGACGAGUGCAAGCCAAUGCCGGGAAACAAAACCGAGGAUGUUAUGACGGCGAGUCUAAUCUCUGAAGCAACUCAACAAUUAAUAAACGCUGAGCAGCAGGAUAAUCAUCCCGGCAAUAACAGCCCCCCAGACAUUGUGCGUAAUGGUACAACGCACAGCAAUGGCAUAAAUGACAUUAACAAAGCACUUCUCGAGAAUAAUCAGAGCAAUGUUGAGGGAGAAUUGAACGGACAUCAUACGAAUCAUGGCAAUGGUAUCAGCAGUCAAAUCACACUGGACAAUGCAACUGUAAAGCAAAACAACGUCACGAACAACCUGUUAGACCUAUCAGAGUUUGAUACACUGAGUAAUAGCAAUAAGGGUCCGAUACUGGAGAUGUCGACGAAUUUAUCCAACGAGGAUUCCCUCAACUCAAAUUUAAAUCCAGGGGCAAUGCCCUUUACUCCCAUGGUCAACCCCUUUGUGCCUGCAGCGACAAAUGCCAAUACUAAUCCGUUCCAGGAUAAUUUCACCAACAACAAGACACAAGAUAAUAAUCAAUUACCAGAUCUUCUAUCAUAAAAGUCAUUAAAAAAAUACUUUGAUGAUGAAGAAUGAAGAGAUAAAAACCACUGGAAUUACCAGUUUGCCCCUGGCAAGCGUUUAGGUAUCCCAACGACGGUUUUAAUCGUCAAAAUCACGAUCGAUAUAAUGAGCAAUAAUGAGUGAUCGAUAGGAAAAGUUGGAGGAAUGAGAAGUGUAAAUAAAGAGACGGUGAUUACCCAAAUAACCUCGACAAAAUAAAAUUGGAAUGACAGCGACUGCUGGAGCUGCUGGCCCCCCCUCAACCCCAUGAAGAACGUUUAACGUAUAGAAUAUAAAAUAUUGAUACUCUCCUCACCAGGAAACAUUUGCAGGAGAUACGAGGAAGAAAUGUAAAAUAAUAUAUAAUGUUAAUUUGAAUUAUUAUACCUAUACAGUGGCAAACAUAGACGUCAGAUUAUGCUCGUCAUAGUAAUUAAAUGCUUACAGACACUAAACUAACUUUUUAGAGAAAAAAAAAUAUAUAUUGAUGGGAUAAUGCCUAUUUAUAACCUAUUCGAUUGAUAAAAAAAUUUAAAAAAUAUAUUACACAUUCACACUACGCAAACACACUGUACUCUAGUGUAUGUAACAAAUAUUUCGUUAAAUUAAUUGUCCUUUUCGUUCAUUCGAGUCAUUCGAGUCAUCUGUGUAUGAAAAACUCGACAAUUGUCAUUUUAAUAAGGAGAGAAUGAAAAUUGUAUAUUUUAAAGCAAUUUUUUCACAAACAUUAGCACAAUAUUGUCAAAAACAUUCGUCUAACAGAAAUGAUUAUGGAAUUAGUACGAUUUUUCUUCUCGAUCAUCAGUUGUCAAUGAAAAAAAACUAUCAGAUCACGAUUAUCAAGACACUGUUCAUUUUUUAAAUUAAUCAGUAAUAAAGAAUAAUAAUGAUAAACGAGUGAAAUUAAAAAAAAAAAUCUUCCGUACUGUAUUUCGGGGCGUGCGCUCACUAGUCAAGUGAUUCAACGUUUUUUAAUUAUUCUCUCUGUUGUCAUUCAUCCAGGGAUAAAUAAUUAUCGUGCGACGUACGUAAGAGACAAUUUAUGAAAAAGAAACAAUGUAGUUGGAACAAGUGGAUCUAAAUGUGAAUGAAGAAAUCGCCGUGAAUAGUCACUGCUAGAUGAUUUAUUUUCAUUGAGGAUUAUUGAUAACAUUUGGCCUAGUCGAUGGUCGUUCAAUGGAAAUUUGAGAUAAUACGGCAUCCAGGGGUAGAGCAAUGAUCAAUGCUAAUGAGAAUUGUUAAUUAUCCACGAUAUCCUAAUUUUUUAAAUCAAUAAAGAUUCAUGAUUAAUCAGUGGCUAUUUAUUAAUGAUAAAGUAACACGUCAUGUAACACCUUCAAUUAUCCCUAUCAGGGAUUUAAUGAGAGAGAUUAUUUGGGAUGUGUAGGGGAAAUUGUUAUGUUUUUUAUUAUUCAUCGUAAACAUUGUUAAAAUCAAAUGUCUAUACGACUUUUAUAGUGGAAGCAUUUUUAUUUGCGGAGUGAAUUAAAUUCGCUUAAUAAUUUUCAUCCUUUUUUUCUCUUUCAAUUGGUUAAAUGUAUUGAUUGUACAUUGUGGAUAUGGAAGGUUAGAUCGAUAAAGUGGCAGAAUUAAUCUUCCUGUAAUCUAAUUAAGAUGGUGUCGAUAGAAUACGUGAAAAUGAUUAUUAAUGUGAGAGAACAGGUUAAUCAGGAUUAAACAUCGAUCAUGUCUGCGAAAUGAAAAUAUCACAUAUUGUAAAAAAAAAUGCUUGUAUGUAAUAAAUACUUACUACUGGA